CAUUUCUGUGCUGCGUCUCUUUGGAGAAGGACUAAGGAAGAAGUUAUUUGAAGUUAUUCUGUGAAAUGAAAAAUAAACUCAUAUUAUUUGGACUUUUCUUCGCGCUGCUCCUAGCGACAGUGUAUGGAAAACGGAAUGAGCCUGAUCCCUCUAUAAUCGAUGAGCCAUUGAAAAUUAACGUAGAUGCCGGAAAAGAGGGAGACAGUUUCACAAGUUUGGCUAAAACAAUCGAAGGAAAGCAAAGUCUAAUAUAUGAUGCACUGAAAAGAACGUCAGCGAAAAUCGAAGCAUUGGAAGAAAGAAUAACCGCUGAAGCCAAAGCAACCGAGGAGAGGUGGAAUCAACGAUUUGCAGAGGCGAUAAAAACAACAGAAGGAAGUACAGAUGUUGCCACACUUCACAAACGUCCAGCAGAACUUGCUUGUGAUAAAAUUGCUAAUGAUUUGCGAUCGAUGGGAGAGACCACAUUUAAUAACAUGCCCUACUCCGGCUAUUGGCGUUAUAUAUCUGAAUACGAACAUAAAUGGUGUUAUGGCGCUUUGAUUGACAAACGGUUUUUAACAACUGCAACAGGUUGCGUAUCAACUGACAAUUUUACGAAAGUAUCAUUAUACGAUUCAGAGCCGAAGAAAAUAAAGGCAGUUCACGUACAUCCCGAUUUCACUUCAGAAACACCUUCCCUUAACAAUAUAGCGUUGAUUGAACUAGAAAAUGAUAUGGGUUACACUUCGCACGUUUAUCCAGUGUGUUUAUAUUCAUCACAAGUGAAACCAGGGAGUGACUUGAUGGGAGUUACAAGGAAAGUUCAGAUUGUAACAGACGCUGAAUGUUUUAGUAAGACCGGUACUCACCUAAAGCCAUCACAAAUAUGUGCAAAUGAUUUGCAAAUUGGGCGCACUUUCUCUGGCAGACCAAUAUAUGAAGUUCAGGAAAAUUACCCCAAACAUAAAUUGUUUGGAAUUGCUGCAACAGAUUCUAGCAAUUUUGAACCCUUUGUGAUAACAAAAGUUUUUGAUCACUUAGACUUUAUAGAAAGCAUUGCAUGGCCGAAAAGUGGAAAUUGAAUUUCGGUUGUAAACAAUAAUUUUCAAUAUUCAAAUAUACAAAUAAAAAAAUAAAGUUAAACCGUUUUUUAACGAAUAUGUAAAAGUUACAUGCUGUUAUUA